AUGCAGCACCCCAAGCCCUUCUACGCCGCCGCCGCGCCCCCGGACAGCUUCGGCCCCCGCGAGGGGCCCGGCCGCCAGCCCGCUGCCCCCGCCCCGGAGCCGCCUCCGGCCGUGGGUUCCUCGGGCCCGUACCACGCCCCGAACCCGGAGAAGGAGGCGUGCCCCGCCCCGCCCGCAGGCUUCCAGAUGGCGCCGUGCGGCUGCUUCUUUGACCCCCGCAUCUACCGCAUCGAGUGGGCCGCCACCGACUUCGGCCAGACGGCCCUGUACAAGCUGGUGGCCGCGGCGGGGGCGCCGGCCGGGGGUCCCCCGGCCCCGGGCGGCUUCCUCCUAGAGCCCCGGCCCUACCUGAGGGCCCCCGGGCCGCCGCCACCGUACCCCCACUUCCCGCCGCCGCCCUCGGGCCCCCCAUACCUCAUGCCCUACUACGCGCCCGAGGGGCCCGACCCGGACGCCCUGGGCCUCGUGGGGGACGCGGGGGCCCCCGGCCUCGCAGAGCUGCCCCCGGCCCCGCCGGAGGCCAAGCUGCCCCCGCUGGUCAUGACGCUGCCCGCGGAGCCCGCGCUGCCGCCCGGCGCCCGGGGCCACCCGCAGGGCCGCCCCAGCCAGCUCCGCGCGCCCGCCGGGCCGGGCCCGCUCUCCGCCCCGGGCGCGGGCGCGGCGCUGCCGGACAAGGUGCUGCUGGAGGACGCCAUGCGGCUCUUCGACUGCCUGCCCGGCGGCGCCGAGCCCGAGGCGGCCGCGAGCCCCGCGGCCCCGCGGGACGGCGGCGACGGUGGCGGCGGCAGCGACUCGGGCGCCGGCAUCCGCGCGCUGCACCUGCCCGCCGACCUGCUGUCCUUCGACUACAGCGUGCCCGAGCUGCUGGACGCCGUGGCCAACGUGGACUGCCUGUUCGACUUCAAGGCGCUGGACGAGGAGCCGCCGCCGCCGCCGCGCGCGCCCGCCGCCCCCGGCCCGCGCCCCGAGCCCCCGGGCAGGAGGAAGGCGGGCGGCGCCUCGGCCGCCAAGAGGGCCAAGCCGGGAGGCAGGGGCAAGCAGGCGGCGGCGGCGGCGGGGCCCCGAGCGGACCUGGGGGCCGCCCCCCAUUAA